UUGAAAGUUGCGUUGACAUCGUCCCUUUCCGCUCGACCUCGUUUUGAUCAAAAAUUUAUUUGAAAAAAAUUUAACCCCACCAAAUGGGACGACGACCAGGAAGAUGCUACCGGUACCAGAAAAAUCGGGGAUAUAUCAAGUCCAAGUACUGCAGGGGUGUGCCUGAUCCUAAGAUAAGGAUACAUGACAUUGGUAAGAAAAGUGCGCAUGUUGAUGAGUUUCCGUGUAUGAUCUAUCUCAAAUCACUGGCAAAGGAGCAGAUAAGCUCAGAAGCAUUGGAGACAGCUCGUGUAACGGCUAACAAACACAUGUUCGGUGCGGCAGGAAAAGACGGAUACCAUUAUCGAGUACUGAUCCAUCCGUACAAUGUUUUGCGAAUCAACAAAAUGUUGAGCUGUGCAGGUGCUGACAGGUUGCAAACCGGAAUGCGAGGGGCAUUUGGCAAACCUUACGGGCUGUGUGCUCGUGUCGACAUGAACCAGAGGGUGUUGGCUAUCAGAACCAAGCCAGCGUUUGUUAAGCACGCCGUCGAAGCACUAAGAAGGGCGAAGUACAAAUUCCCCGGUAACUAUGAGGUUGUGGUAAGCAAUGAAUACGGAUUUACUGGGCUGCAAAAGGAAAUAUAUGAGGACCUCAAGAAUAAAAAGUUGUUGUUGAACAGAGGAGACCACGUCAGCAUAAUAAAAGAGAAGGGAAGCAUUGCUCAUUUUGCUAGGAUGAGGGAACGUGCCAUUUAAUAAACUUUUAUUUUGAGGAUA